AUGGGCGCAGCAACGUCCUUCCCUUCUUCCGCUUCUUCUUCGUCUUCUCUGCCGCCUCCUUCUCAUCGUUUCGCGUCAGUCGUGACUUCAGCUUCUCACCUUCCUCCGGCGACGCGUCCUCCCGUCGUCUCGGGCUUUUUCUCUUUUCGUCUCGCCUCUGCGCCGUCCUUCUUCCAGGACUCGGGUCUCGCUCCCUUUCUCCCGAAGGUUUUCUCUCUCUUUUCGACUUCCAAUCCCUCUCCCGCCUCCGCCUCACCUGCGCCUUGUGGUGUAGCGACACUCUCUGCGCGGCUGCGGUCGCGCAAAAACAGGACCGCGCACGGCGGCAUUCUCGUCGCGUCCUUCUCGCGCAUUGAGGUGCUCUCUGCUGUGUUCGGAUGCUCACUGUACGAGCUGGCCUUUCCGAGGGAGUGGGGCGGCUGUGCGUGUGGCGCCUUGAACGAGGACGCGUCGCUAGGCGGCGCGCGAGGCGUCGUCUUUCUCGCGUUUCGCGACGGGAAAAUCCGGUGUUUCUCCCCCGAAAACGUCGCCUUUCUCGGCGAGCUCGCCUUGCCUUUCGCCGCGCACGACCAAGCGCGAGGGGAUGCGCAAGCAGGCGACUGCGAACAGGAGGGGACAGAAAACAGGAGACGCACAGACCAAGACGAAAGCGGCCGUAUCCGGUUGCAAGGAAACCGCCACCUUUCCCGAAAAGAAACAGCGGACGCCCACAAACACUCCAUACAACCUUUCCCCUCUUCUGCGUCGGCACCUGCCUUUCCCACGGUGUUGACGUGCCCCAUGAACAACUCCGUCAUUUGCGGAGAUGCCUCCGGAGCAGUGUGUGCGUUUUUCCUGGAAACGCGACAGAUCGCAGCCACAUACAAUGUUCCAGAAUGCAUUUUAGACAGGCAGAAGGCACUGCGAGCGAGGUGGAGGCGAAAAGACCGACAAGUUUGCAAUCCCUGCUCUGAGGCACGCAGGCAGGAGACAGAGAAACGCCGUGGAGAACGGAGCGAAGCGAGAGAGAAGGAAAACGUAGACGGAUCUCCUUCCUCUUCCUUUGCUUCGUCUUCCGUAAAUGGAGUCUCUCCUUUUUGCGGAGACGCGCAGGACUCGCGUGGUCUGCUGUCUGUGUCGACUCUUCACUGUGAGAAGCGCCUGCUUUUCGUCGCGUAUGGCCCGCCUUCGUCGGCUGCGUUGCCGUCUCCCUCUACCCGCGAAUCCGAGGGAAUGCGCGACAGAGUCGAGGCAGGAAAGUCCUCUGCAUGCACGGAGAACGAGGACUUCUCUCGCGUACAUCCAGCGGAGGUUCUCGCCGCGGCGUCUCCAGCUUCCGGUGCCUCAGGGGCGUCUCCCGGUCCCUGGGAAACGCCGGCUUCUCUGUCUCCGUCUGCCUUUUCUUCUCCGAAUGGAGAUCCUCGCCGCUGUGUGAGUGCCUUGUCGCCGGUUUCGGGCCGAUCGCGCGAAGCGGAAUUCGAAAGACGACCGCCGUCGCUCCACGACUUUUCCUCCUUCUCGUCGCCCGCACGCGCCUCGGAUGCGUCCCGUAAUGCUGGAGAGGGUGAACAAGGAGACUCGGGGGAAACUCCCGAGAAGGGCGUUUCCGUCCAUUGUGGCGCUGCGCUUUCCGAAGAAGGAAGAAAACAUUCGCUCUCUGAUCGCCCAGCGGACGCGAGGGAGGGCGGUGCUCCGCGAGACGACAGCGACAUCUCGGGAGUCGACAUCCGUUCGUCGCUUUUCCCUCUCCUGGUUUUCGCCUUGGAGACGGGAAAGUGUCUCGGCUGUUUGUGGGGGGCGCAGUCUCCGGUGGUAGCUCUUCAUGUGGGGACAGAGUGGGGCGGCGACCGAGAGCGCGGAGACAGUCUGCGGGAGGGCCGGGGCGAAGCGGUGGACGCGCGAUCGCGAGGAGGGAAUGGCCGAGACGCGCGAGAAGCGAGUAACGGGCUGUGGUGUGUCGCAGUGACAGAGCGCGAGAUCCUCGUGUGGAAGCAGGGCGAGAAAGCCCCGACCCCGAGACAUCGACAUCUGCGAGGCGACGCCGCCGAGUGUCCCUCCUUCUUUUGCGGCUUCGACGCCGCUUCUGUAAACUCUGUUUGUCGAGCCGAGGGAGAGACGCUCGCGACGAAGUCCGCGGACAGAGGCCGAGAGGAAGAAAACGUGAACCCUGGACCAGACAGCCCCCGCCCACCGGACAACAGAGGUUCUCACUCCUGCCAUCUGUUUGACUGCGAAACACCCUCAAUGCGCUCUCCGUCCUGGAGCUCUCCCUCCUGUUCUUCCUGUGCUGCCUCGCCUGCGGUUUCGGGCGCUCUCUCCAGGACUGAGGGCGGCGUGGUUGACGGGGUAGUCUGGCGUCUCGUCUCUCGAGUCUCGCUGACCGCCGGGGUGCAUGCAUUUGCGUCUUCGGGGGGGUUUUCGGGAAACAAAGAGACUGAAGGAGAGAACGCUCGAGCGAAAGGGACCAGCGUUUCGGCGCAGGCGAGAGCCGUGGGAGCAGCUCUGGAUCCAGAAGAACGAGUCAUCCUCGCCGCCAUGGACCCAGGAGAAAACUCGGAGCUCUGGCCCUGCUGCAUUUUCUGGAAGAUCAGAAGAGAAACGGGUGCGCCCCAGGCGGAGAGCGGCCCUGAACACAUCGAAAUCCGCCCCUGGAGACAACUGACGUUGCGUGCCGAGCCCAGCACGGGCCCUCUGGAGCGCCGACUUUCCUCUCCAUCUCGCAAAAUCUCUUCCUUCUGGUACCAAAGAGCACACUGUUCUCAACUUCUUGAUGCUUUCCAAACUACAAAUCUAAAUAGAUAA